UUUGAUUGAGUAAGGGGGAUUGGUUUGGAUUGGUUUGGUGGGAGUGUGAGGGGGGGAAGUGUUGGAAAUGGGGAGUAAUUUAAAUUUCAAGAAUUUUGCGAACGAACCACCAGCUGGCGGUGGUGGGAGGGUGGCGAAUAAUAACGCAGCAGUCCUCUGUCUAUUCUUUGACCUUUGAUGAGUUCCAGAAUACCAUGGGGGAGUGGGAAGGAUUUUGGGUCAAUGAACAUGGAUGAGCUUUUGAAGAGUAUAUGGAGUGCGGAAGAUAAUCAGAACUUCGCUCCCGCCAUUGGUGGAGGUGGUGGUGAAGGUGUUGGUGGUGUCCAAGAAGGGGGUGGCUUGCAGAGGCAGGGAUCGUUGAUCCUUCCCCAUACGCUAAGCGAGAAGACGGUUGAUGAGGUGUGGAGGGAUAUGUCGAAAGAGGUUGUUGCACCGAAGGAGGGAGCUGUCAGCGUUGCUAGCUUUUGCGUGUCGCCGAGGCAGCAGACAUUGGGGGAGAUUACACUUGAGGAGUUCUUGGUGAGUGCCGGGGUUGUGAGGGAGGAGGCUCAGUUGGCUGCUGCUAACAAUGCUGGGAUUUUCGCAUCAAUAUUUCUCCACGAAAACUAUGAUUCAUUAUUUGUCUUCAAGGGACAUCUUUCUUCAGCAUGAAGAAGAUGUAUGGGAAACAGUUUUAGAGAAAGAAUAUGAAAAUGUGUUGGGGGAACUUCUAAAAGUUGGCACAGUGGCAAGGGGCGAAGCAAGUACUGCUACGAGUGUGCAGAGUCGAAUGCAAGCGCUUAUAAUUUGUGUUGGUCAACAUUUUUGAUGGAAAAAUUCUUAUUGUGUGCUUCUACUUAGAUUAU